AUGUUAACAAUUUACUCAAUAAGAAUAUAUAACCUUUUAAUGGUGAUGUUGGUGACUGUGCUUGUUAUGCCAUUUUUAAGUAUAUUCUUGGCAGCAUUUAAGUGUGAAGGAUAAAUGGAAUGUGAUUCUAUCCUUUAUUAUAUAAUGGUAAUUUUAUCCUCUUUGGGAAUAUUGUUACUAUUAUUUUCUUUAGUGUUUUUUGAGAUUUUUUUAGUUGAUUACAAGUAGAGUAUUUAAUACUAAAUUUAGUCCAUUUACUCCAAUUCCUUAUGCCUCUAAAUAUACUAAGUUAAAUUGGAUUGAAUUGAUUUUCAAAAUAUAUUUACCAUUUUUUGCUGUAAUGGAUUCAUAAUAAAAUGCUGAAAAACCAUUUAUAACCAUAUUAUGUAUAAUGUAUGGAGUAAUGAUUACUAUGAGAUUAAAGACAAGAUAAUUCAUAGAAAAUAGUGUCAAUAUAAUUAAGUUAUGUUAAACAUCUUUAUUGUUUUGGUUUUCUUUCGUAUCAGUUAGUCAUGCAUUCUUAGAUUAAGGAGAUAUAGAUGAUAUGGGAUUCUUUUAUGAAAUAAUAUGUUCUCCUAUUGUUGUAUAUUGUUGUUUUAAACUGAAUAAAAGUCCUGAAUUAGUGGUUCAUAUGAAAAAGGAUAUUUAAUUAGAAGAAACUGUUUAAGAAAUGAUAUUCUUGAUAGAAAAUAGAGAUAAACCAAUUAAUAGAAUGAAAUUAGAAGGAUAUGUUAAAUUGCAUCAGAAAGAUUGUUUAAAAUCUGCAGAAGUAUGUCCAUGCUCCUUAAUACAUUAAGAUACAUUAAGAAAUUAGGAUAAUGAGAAUGAUAAAUAAUCUUUAGAUAAGACAAUGAGAUGGUAUGCUUUUGUUUAAGCACUUAUUUAGAAUUCGUCUGAUAGACUUCAGACAACAAGAAUUUAAAUAAUUAGAUCAUAUGUAUUAUAAAAAAAGUUAAAAAAUAAAUUCAAAGCAUUUUAUGAAUUGGCUAUUGCUCAAAAAUAAAGAUUAUAAUUUUAGGAUGAGUUUUGUAUAUAUAGAGUGAUGAAUUAGAUUGAAUUAGAGAUGGUUGAAUCUGAUAAGAAUUAAGAGAUUGAUGUUUAAUAAAUAGUAAACUUUUAAAAUUAUUACAUUUAAUUUGAAACAGCAAUAGAGAAAUCAGUAAAUUUGCAUUUAGAAUAUUGGAGAGAAUUGUAAGAAGAAUCACCUGAUAUAGGUAAACUAUAAUAAUUGGGAGCAUUAAUAACAUCUUCAAUAGAUGAAACAGAAUAACUAUAUGAUAAAUUAAUUAAAAUAAAUAACAUUCAUUUGAAAACUUUAGAAAUCUAUGGGAAUUUUUUAACUCAUGUAGUUAAUAAUGAUAUAGAGGGGACAAGAAUAAUAGAUAAAUCAGAUUAGAUUAGUAAGAAUUUGGAAAUAAAUCGAAUAAUUGAUAGUGAAAAAUUUAAAUAUGAUUAAAAUAGUGAUACUUGUAUAAUUACAUGUUCUGUAAAUAUAGAGAAUUUGGGUGCUAUAACAAAUUGUAAUAAUGAGAUAUAGAAAUUAUUGGGUUAUAAAAAGGCUGAUUUAUUGAGAUCAAAUGUAUCGAGAAUAAUGCCUAGAAUAUUGGCAAGUGUUCAUGAUGAUUUUAUUAGAAACUUUAUUUAGACAAGUUAGAGUAAAGUAUUAGGAAUAGAAAGGUAAGUAUUUGCAUUAAAUAAAAAUGGAUUUUUAGUUCCAUGUUCUUUAAUGAUAAGAGUUUUACCAAAUUUAAAGAGUGGAUUAUAAAUAGUAGGUUUCCUAAAGAAAAGUGAUAAUACAGAUAAAUUCUUUUAUUUAAUGUUUGAUGAAUUAUCACAUUCUAUUUUAGGUUUUAGUGAAUCUGUAUAUGAUAAAUUUGGAAUUCCUGUAGGAGUUGCUAAUGGUUAAUUAGAUUUACCAAUUAUUGAUGUAGCUCCUGAAUUACUUGAAUUAUGUAAAAAGUAGGGAGCUUUUAAUUUUACAAUUGAUACAACAGGAUUAUCAUCUAAUUAUCAGAUUGUUUAAGAUGAAAGUCUUGAAGAUUUUUAAUAAUAAGAAGAUUAAUCUGCUUUUUAUGGAAUCUCUAGAGAUCCAUAUGAAUAAAAUAUAUUGUUAGACAGAAAGGAAUAUAGUUAGAUAAUUGAAAAGACUGCUAAUAAUGAUAAAUCUAUGAUAAAUGAUAAAACUACAAUUCAUGAUUCAAAAUAAAAAAAUAACAAAACAUAAAAGUAUAAAAGUUCUUUGGUUAAGGGUAUGUUAGUUGAAGAUUCGGAAUAUGCAAAUGCUAAAAUAAAAAUAAUUUAAUUUAUAGAAGAAUCAUAGGAAGAAUUAUUAAAUUAAGUAAUUGAAGAUAAGAAAAUAGAAGAAGAAUAACCAGAUAUUGUUGAAAAUGUAAUUUAAUCAGAAGUAAGUGGAGGAUCUGGUCUUUCUGUAAAUGAAGAAAUUAGAUAAAUUAAAGAUUUUAAAAUAUAAAUGGGGGAGAAAUCAGAGGCUUCAAAAAUUAUUUUAUUAAAUAGAAUUAUAAUUCUCUUAUGUAUAAUAUUAAUUGUGUUAUCAUCUGUUCAAUUAGGAUAUAGGUUAGAAUAAAAUAAUGAAAUUUUAAAUGGUCAUUCAGCAAUAACUAUGGCCUAUUAUAGAACAGGAGUGAUGGCUGACGUAGUAUUUUAUACAAGAUAUUUACAAUUAAUGGCUUAUGGAAAUGUUACAUAUGAUUAAAAUUUUAGAGAUAAAGUAAUAAUAAUAAAAAUUUUAGUUAAGUUUACAAGUUAAUCAACUUAAGACUAUCUAAUAUUCUCUUAUAAAAUCUAGAAUUAAUAUAGAGGCUAAAAAGAAUGUAUUUUCAGAUACUGCUAUCAAUGUUACUUACUUAUAUGACAAUAUAGAGUAGAAUUAUUCUAGUACCUUAAGUGAUGCUAUAUUUUAAUUAGUAACAUCUGCUUCUAUUAUAAGAAAUGCAUCUUUACCUUCUUUUAUCAAUCUCAAUAGUGUAAUUUUAUUUAUAUUAUCAUGUAGACUGAAAAUACUGUUAAGAAUGUAUUCUUCAUUAUUAGAAAUGGUUAUUAAUUACUUAGAUAAGGUUCUUAAGAUGUUUCAUAAAUCUAUUAUGAUUUCUUUGUUUUCAUUAUUGAAGAUUAUAACUCUAUCUUUUAUGCAGUUUUAUCACUUGCUAUUACAUCAUUAGUAAUUGCUUAAAUCUUUUUGAUACCUGUUGUUUUAAAGGUUCAUAAUAUCAAUAAUAAAGUUAUGUCUUUAUUUGGAUUACUCACUUAAAAAGAUAUUAAAGAAUUAGCAUCUAGAAGUGAAUAAUUUAAAUCUACAUAUCUUUCAAAUAUGUAAAACACUAUUAAAGAAUAAGCUUAAGCAAAAGCUGAAUUAGAAAAACAGUAAGAAAGAUAAAAAAAGAUAAAAAAUUAAGAUUAAAAUGAUUAAUCUAAUGUAAUUGUUGAAAUUAAUAAUGAAUAACCUCCACCAUCAAAUGAUACUCCAUUACCAUCCAAUCAAUAACCUUUACCUUCAUCUUUACCAACUUAUAAAAAUAUUGAUAAAUUACAGUUAUAAUAAUAAUAAGAACAUGAAGAAUAACAAAUUUAAGAUUAAGAAGCCAUGAGAUAAUAAAAACUUUUAAAUUCUAAAGCUUCUAAUACCUUCACUGUUUCUUCUAAAUUCAUUACUAUGAUGAUGAUUUUCAUGGCCUAUUUUAUUAUUAAUAUUAUUUUGGAAUAAUAAUUAACCAGUCAAUCUGUUAUUAUUUAUAACCAUCUAAAAUAUAGUUUAAUAAGAUCUUAUAAUCUUAAAUAUUCUAUUUAUUUUACUAUUGAAUAAAUACUUUAAACUACUAAUUAUAAAGAACAAUAUAUUGAAGCUUUAUAUGAAAAUGAAAGAUUAUGUUUAGAAUCAUUAUAAUAAUCAUUCUCAUCCAAAUUUGAUCCAUAUUUAUCACUCUAUAAUUUAUUCAAUCUAUAAAGUUUAUGUCUCUAAAAAUUUGAGACAGAUCAAUUUAUUUUAGAUGUAAAUUAAUGUUCUGUAUUAUCUGGAGGUAUUUUAGAUAGAGGUUUGAGGAAUUCUAUUACUUCUUUAGCUUUAUGGGCUAGUAAUACACUCUCUACUGAUAUUAAGAUUUUGGAUAGUCAAUAAGUCAAAAAUUAUAUUUAAUAAGUUUAUUACAUAGAUUAAGCUAUAGUAUAUCUAAAUAGUUAAUAUGCUUAAGCUAUGACAGAUUUUGUUGAUUCUGAACAACAAAUUGAAAAAAUUAAAUUUUCUGUCUUUAUAAUAGGAUUAUUAUUUAUAUUUUUAUUCAUUUGGACACCUUACAAUAAAGAAAUGAGCAGAUAAAUUUGGAGAACAAAAGGAAUGUUAAAUAUGAUUCCAUUUGAAAUGAUAAAAGCUUAAGAAAGCUUAAAAAAUGCAUUUUUAAAGGGAAAUAUUAUAGCAGCUGUUAAAUGA